AUGAUCAUCACUGAUACCUGCUAUGGAGUCAUACCUUUGAGGAGGAAGAAUGGUGACCAGGAACAACAACAGGAAUGGGAGAUACUUGUUAUACAACACUUGAAGGGCGAACAUUGGGCCUUCCCAAAGGGUCAUCCAGAACCAAACGAGACAGCAUUGGAGUCUGCCAAGCGUGAACUACACGAAGAGACUGGUUUGGUGAUCGAUACAUUGCUGGUUGAACAACCAUUGACAGAGCACUACAACUUUGAGAACAAACGUGGCGAUACAAUCAACAAGUCUGUGCACUACUUCUUGGCCCAAGUGAGCGGCACUCUCGUACUUCAAGCUGAGGAGGUGAAGGACUCGCGAUGGGUGCCAAUCAAUGACGCUCAUACACUUCUCACAUUCGAUGCCGCCAAGAACCUACUCAAGUCUGCAAUCGACGCAUUGCACCAACACUCAAUCAACGACAAGAUGUUGGAUUCAUUCCAUGCCAACAAACAUCUGAUCAUCGACUCACACAGCCACAUUCACGAAGAUGUGGAUAACCUCGAGUUCGCAGACAUCAAGCUACCCCUGCACUGCACCUGGUUGAUGGGAACGACCGUGGACGACUGGACACGUGUCAACAGAUAUGGUGACCGUCUGGGCACUCGCACCAUUCGUUGCUUUGGCGUGCAUCCCUGGUUCGUGCAUCUCGUGCACCCGCCCAAGGAGCUGCUGGACACAAACCCCGAGCAAGACCCAACCAAGAUGGUGUCUGACACCUACCCAACGGUGAUCAACACUGCUUGGCCCGACCAGCUACGUCAACAACUCACACAGUAUCCCAAUGCGAUGGUCGGUGAGAUUGGAGUGGACCGCGUGACCAAGUGUCGCGCCACUGGCAAGAACGAACAGGCUGAGCAAUGGAUAGUAUUUGAUCAACUGAUCAAGAUUGCAGUAGAAUUCAAUCGUCUUGUCAGUCUACACUGUGUUCAACUUCAUGGCAAGCUCCUAGACUACUUCAUCGCACUACCAAUCGAUCAGAUGCCGAGGAAGAUUGCCCUUCACACGUUCAGCGGCAAACCAUCAACUGUUGACUCAUUCGCCAAGAUGAAGACCAAAGGCAAUCGCUUCUACUUUGGCAUCUCAUUCAUUAAUCUCUCAUCAUCAAAGGUGUACAAGAUGAUCAAGUCGAUACCUGAUGAUAGACUAUUACUUGAGUCUGAUCAAAACACUCCACUGGAGGCAGAGUCGAGCAUAUUGGAUGUUGUAAUGGCCAUUUGCAAGGCCAAGGAAUGGACAGUGGAACAGACGAUCACCAUCACCAGACAGAACGCCAUUGAGUUCCAAGCAUGA